AUCCAGUGCCCACACUUCUCAAUCAAUAUGGAGCUGCCGGUUAUGCAGCCGGAUGUGCGGAUGCGAGUCGUUACUAUGCUCAGUUGCUUUUCCCUACACCGCUCACCCCACAACAACCAAUGGCUGGAGUCGGAUUCACUCAUUUCAGAUUCCCAUUCGGUGCCGCCCCUCCAACACCAAUGAGCACCCCGUCUCUGUCUUUUGAUCAAAUGAUGGCCGGGCUCGCGAAAACGAAUCAAGCGCCGCAAACUGUCAAGAGUUUCCAACAACAGAAACAACAGCCAUCAACUUCCGAAAUCAAUAACAAAGCUGGCAGG